GUCUGUCCUCGAUGCCGUCAGCCUUGGCCAUCUUCACUUGCCGCCCGAACUCGCACCCGUUUCAGGAGCGUCAUGUCUACCUGGACGAGCCCAUCAAGAUCGGCCGCUCGGUGGCACGCUGUCGACCGGCUCAGAAUAAUGCCACCUUUGAUUGCAAAGUGCUGUCAAGGAACCAUGCCCUCGUCUGGUUUGAUCACAAGACGAAUAAGUUUUAUCUCCAAGACACUAAAAGUAGUAAUGGUACCUUUAUAAAUAGCCAGAGGUUGAGUCGAGGCUCUGAAGAAAGCCCACCAUGUGAAAUUCUUUCUGGUGACAUUAUCCAGUUUGGGGUAGAUGUUACAGAGAACACACGGAAAGUUACCCAUGGGUGUAUUGUUUCCACAAUAAAACUUUUUCUGCCAGAUGGCAUGGAAGCCCGGCUCCGCUCAGAUGUCAUCCAUGCUCCAUUGCCAAGUCCUGUUGACAAAGUUGCUGCUAACACUCCAAGUAUGUACUCUCAGGAAUUAUUCCAACUUUCUCAGUAUCUACAGGAGGCCUUACACCGGGAGCAGAUGUUGGAACAGAAGUUAGCCACACUUCAGCGGCUACUAGCCAUCACCCAAGAGGCUUCAGAUACCAGUUGGCAGGCUUUAAUAGAUGAAGAUAGACUCUUAUCACGGUUAGAAGUUAUGGGGAACCAAUUACAGGCAUGCUCCAAAAAUCAAACAGAAGAUAGUUUACGGAAGGAGCUCAUUGCAUUACAGGAGGACAAACACAACUAUGAGACAACAGCCAAAGAGUCCCUGAGGCGGGUUCUUCAGGAGAAAAUUGAAGUUGUCAGGAAACUUUCAGAAGUUGAGCGAAGUCUGAGUAAUACCGAAGAUGAAUGUACCCAUCUGAAAGAAAUGAAUGAGCGGACUCAGGAAGAAUUGAGGGAAUUAGCAAAUAAAUAUAAUGGAGCAGUUAAUGAGAUUAAAGAUUUAUCUGAUAAAUUAAAGGUAGCAGAAGGCAAACAGGAGGAAAUCCAACAGAAGGGACAAGCCGAGAAGAAAGAAUUACAACACAAAAUAGAUGAAAUGGAAGAAAAAGAACAGGAACUGCAGGCAAAAAUAGAAGCUUUGCAAGCUGAUAACGAUUUCACCAAUGAAAGGCUAACGGCUCUGCAAGUCCGGUUAGAACAUCUUCAGGAGAAAACUCUGAAGGAAUGCAGCAGCUUGGGGAUACAAGUUGAUGACUUCUUACCUAAAAUAAAUGGGAGCACAGAAAAAGAGAAGCUGAUCGUCCAGGGGCAUCUAACCAAAGUGGUAGAAGAAACAAAGCUUUCAAAAGAAAAUCAGUCAAGAACAAAGGAAUCUGAUUUAUCAGAUACUCUGAGUCCAAGCAAGGAAAAAAGCAGUGACGAUACAACUGAUGCCCAAAUGGAUGAACAAGAUCUAAAUGAACCUCUUGCUAAAGUAUCCCUACUGAAAGAUGAUCUACAGGGUGCCCAAUCAGAAAUUGAGGCAAAACAAGACAUUCAGCAUCUCCGCAAAGAACUGAUCGAAGCCCAGGAGCUAGCUAGAACAAGUAAACAAAAAUGCUUUGAACUUCAAGCUCUCUUAGAAGAAGAAAGAAAAGCCUAUCGAAACCAAGUUGAGGAAUCAGCCAAACAAAUACAGGUUCUUCAAGCCCAGCUGCAGAGGUUACACAUGGACAUUGAGAAUCUUCGGGAGGAGAAGGACAGUGAAAUCACAAACUCCAGAGAUAAACUGCUUAAUGCCCAGGAUGAGAUCUUGCUACUUCACCAAGCAGCAGCAAAGGCUGCCUCUGAGCGGGACACUGACUUUGCUUCUUUGCAAGAGGAGCUCAGGAAGGUGCGAGCCGAGCUGGAGAGGUGGAGGAAAGCAGCUGCUGAAUAUGAGACAGAAAUCAGGAGUCUGCAAAGCAGUUUCCAGCUCCGGUGUCAGCAGUGCGAAGACCAGCAGAGAGAGGAAGCAACAAGGUUGCAAGGUGAGCUAGAGAAAUUGAGAAAAGAAUGGGAUGCAUUGGAAAUGGAGUGUCAUUCUCUAAAAAAGGAAAAUGUUCUACUGUCAUCAGAGCUGCAGCGACAAGAGAAAGAAUUGCACAACUCUCAGAAGCAGAGUUUAGAGCUUACAAGUGACCUCAGCAUCCUUCAGAUGACCAGGAAAGAGCUUGAGAACCAAGUGGGGUCCUUGAAAGAACAACAUCUUCGAGAUUCAGCUGACUUAAGAACUCUUCUCAGUAAGGCUGAAAACCAAGCACAGGACGUACAGAGAGAGUAUGAAAAGACACAGACUGUACUCUCAGAACUGAAGUUGAAGUUUGAAAUGACUGAGCAGGAAAAACAGUCAAUCACAGAUGAGCUCAAACAAUGUAAAGACCACUUGAAGCUGCUUCGAGAGAAAGGAAAUAAUCCCUCCAUAUUACAACCCGUCCCAGCCGUAUUCAUCGGCCUAUUCCUGGCUUUCCUGUUUUGGUGUUUCGGUCCAUUGUGGUAGAGAAAGAAACCCUGGCCCUGGAUGCCCAUGUUGGCGGCCCUGGUUGCGGUGACAGCCAUCGUGCUGUAUGUGCCAGGUCUGGCCAGAGCUUCUCCAUGAGAGUGUCUCUUGAGUCUGUACACCGUCCUCCCUCUAGAAGCUGGCAUCACACUCAUGCUGGGGACAAGCAACCAUUCUCUUCCUUUUUACCUCUUAAAGCAGCAAAGUGCAAGAGUACAGCUGUAGGGUCAUUGCUUUAAAUUAUAUAAAAUGUAUCUGUCUAUAGAGAGGAUAUAAGGUUGUGACUUGAUUCUAAUGUAAGCAAUAACUUGCUUACAGUUUUCAUGUAAUUUUUAAAUUAGUUGAGAUUAUGAAUAUUGUGGGUGGCCUAAAGUAGGCUUCUUAGUACACCAGAUUAUUUAUAUCAUUAAAUUUAUAAGUGUUUCACUCUGAAUUCUUAUGGCCACAUAAUUCAUUUUUUCUGAUUUGAUACCUACCCAAACCAAACAACCACUACAUGGGAAGAGAGGCCCUGUGUGCUCAGUGCCUAUCAGUUUAAAAUAUAUACACACAUAUAUAUUUUUUACAUAUUUACGCCAUUUUUACUUAUUAUAAAACCACUGAGCUAUUGGGAACAAGACUUAGACAACUAUUUGUGUGCGUGUUUUUUUUUUUUAAUGAAAACUACAUUUGGGGAAAUACACUGUUAUAAUGACAAUGUGGGGAAUAUGUGCACAUUUGUUCAGCCUUAACCUGACUUGAAGAUGUGAAGGACAUGAGCUUUGACAAACUUUCCAUGAGAGCCUAUAUUUUCUUGAGCAAUCAGAAGUAUUUCUGGGAGCAAAAACAUAAUAAUCACACCGUUUCUGUGCAGCCAACUGAACUGUUAAGUCAAUUGGAAUGUAAUUUAUAACCUCAUGUAUUUAAGAGAGAUAUUUUCUUUAAAAGCCAAGUUAUUUUCUCAUAUACAGCAUUUUAGAAAGCAUGAUUUUUUUUCCUGUCAUCUGUUCCUCCAAGCAUGUUUUAACUCAAGAAAGAAUUAUAUCUCUUUAGAUAAGCUUUUAUUGGUUAUGAUGUUUUGGAGCUAAUUCAUGUUCAAGAUGAGCUGUUGUUACCUACCACAGAUUUUUCUGAUUGGGUAUGCAAAUGGUUAUUUUCCCUUUAUUGUUGCUUAUUGGGACAUUCUGCUAAUCAGAAGCACUAUUCCAGAUUGAUAAGUGUUCCCUGCACAACAAAGCACCCAAACACUGCUUGAUGCUACAGAUUUAAAACACUGAAGUGAAAGCUUAGCUAUGGUUUUGUGCUGCAGCACCAUGGUUACAUCAGUAAAGUUUGUUUAGCUCAUAGAAUAUCCUCAAGUAUCACACAGUUAUGUUCUCAGUCAUUAAGACUGAGAGGGAAUGUCAUUGAGUUGUUUUGAAUGUUCUACGAGAAGAUAUAUGUCUAGCCAGGGAUUGCAAUUAGGAGUUUAGAAUAUAAUUUGCCUUGUGAUGUUUGGCAGUCAUUGUUGAUACUUUAAAAGUUAUAUUUUGGAUUGCUGUUGGGAGAUCACUAGAUUUAUGGAGGAAUUAGUCACAAAUUACUUAUAGAAGAUACUGUCAUAUAGUUCAUUUCAUCAUUUUCUGUUGCAGGAAGCCACUCCACCACAGAAUGCUAAUAUGCCAGUGGUACCCAGUACCUCUUGUAUAUAGGUUAUUGCAAAUAUUGUUCUGAUAUGCUUAACUUCAAAAUUACAUUUUUUAAAGUAAAUAAUUGUUUGAAAUCUAUUUUGUAAAGAUAUAACGUACAAUAGAAUUUCUGGAGUACAGAUUAAACUAUUUGCACUAACACACGUGAUGUGCAUGAUUUAAUAAAAUAACUUUACUCGCCCUA